GCCGGGCCCCGGUCCCGGUGCCGGGCCCGCGGCGGGAGAGCGGAGCGCGGCCGGAGGGUGCCGGUGCUCCGCUCUGCCCGCUCCUGGGCAGGGGGUCAUGGAGGAGGCUCGGUGCCGCCUGCGGGAGUUCGAUGUCGGGGAUAAGUUCUGCCGCUUGCCGCUGCCCAGAGCCGCCGUGCUGCUGCCGCUGGUGGUGCGGCGGGGGCGGCUGCACCUGCUGCUCACCGUGCGGUCCAUGCAGCUGAGAAGAUCACCAGGGGAAGUGUGUUUUCCAGGAGGUAAAAGAGAAGCCACUGAUAAAGAUGAUAUUGACACUGCUCUCCGAGAAGCUAAAGAAGAAGUGGGUCUUCAGCCAGAGAAGGUGGAUGUCAUCUGUAGGCUGAUGCCUGGAAUUGAUAAAAUGAAUAACUUGGUGACACCAGUUGUAGGAUUUAUAGAGGAUACAUUCCAGGUCACUCCUAAUCCAGAUGAAGUGAGCGAGGUUUUUGUUGUGCCUUUGGAGUACUUUGUCAAGCCCUUAAAUUACAAGGCCUCCACUUAUGAAACCUCAUCAGGUUAUUUAACUCGGAUACACUGCUUUACAUAUGAUGACCAGGAACAUAAAAGGUCAUUCAAGAUAUGGGGACUGACUGCACACUUUGCUGUAUUUCUUGCUCUUGUAAUUUUUGGAGAGAGACCCACCUUUGAAGUGGAUUAUGAUCUUGACAACUUAAUGUCAUCCUCUGAGAAUUACUUCAUUAAUUUGUAUGCAUCUGUAUAUGAAAGAAGGAAGAGUAAUCUCUGACAACUUAGUCUGGCAAUUAAUUUAUUUGGAAAGAGAUAUGAGGAGCAAAUCUGUAUGCUGAAAGAGAAUACCAAAGAGAAAUACAGGAUGUGAUAAUGUCAGUCUUCUGGAGCACUAAUUCCUGGCUGAUUAGGUGAUAAACCAUUACACCAGGAAAUUACUUGUGUGUCCGUAAGAAGAACGAGAAGCUACGUGUUAGUGCCCAGCGCCUGCAGCUCGCUGAUUCCCACUUGUACCAUGCGUUGAACACAAACUGUUGGGACCCUGGGUUUUCCCGUUUGACGGAGCGGCCGGAGCUGGGUGCGAGGCUCUGGCGAUACCGAGCACUGCCGCCGUGCCCGUCACGUUCCGAGCAUCCCUCUCCGCCCGGGGACCGAGGGGCACCAAGGCUGGAAAAGGCGGGGAUCAAGCGGGGACUGAGAAAGGACCGAAGCGGAGACGGAGGCGGGAUCGAGAGGGGAACGAGGCGGGACUGAGGGGGAAGGAGGCGGGAUCGAAGGGGGACAGGCGAGAUCGAGAGGGGAACUCGGCGUUAUCGAGACGGGAUCGAGGGGGAAACGAGAGGGGAACCAAAGGGGGAGUGAGGCGAGAUGGAAGG